AUGAUAUAUCGCUAUUUAAUUUCGAGCCGAGCAUAUGUUUGUAAACACUUUUUUAUAAACUUUUUUACAACCCUUUCGACCAGCUGGGUUCAGACUAACCGAAUUAAUAUAUGGCUAUCAUUAUUAUCCCUAGCAUUAGCAUUCCAAUGUCACAAUCUAAUCUAUUUGGUAAAUUCCUAUGUUGAUUAUAUAAAUAAAGUGGAUGAUAGACUAAAAUCAAAGGACAGGACUCUAUUUGACUACAUCGAUAUCAACACCUUGCUAGAUUACAUUAAGCACACACUUUUAUCAAUAUUUUGCAUUUUAAUGGUAGUUUGCUAUUUCUAUCAAUGGAGCACUUCAAAAGUGAUUAUACAAUUUGUUGUAUUUCAACUAAUUUGCGCUUCAACUUAUACACACGGAAAAUAUAUCGGAGUAGGACAAUUGAUUUUUGGUGUUUUUCAUUGGUCAUUCAUGUCACUAUACUACUUUAGUGCCACUGGAAACCUUGUAAUCUGCAACUCUAAAGAACCCAUCACCUAUUAUUCAAUCUCUGUUUCAAUUGCUAUUCUUCAAGCUUUGCAUGGAAACUAUCACCGUGACUUCGAAACCGAUAGUAAAGCAAACAUAAAAACCCUUGCUAUUUUAUUGGGCAAAGAAAACUCUUUAUAUUUUUAUACUGGUGUGUUCAUUACAUAUUGCUUAUAUAGUAUUGUAUUAAUAAAUCGUUUAAAAAAUCCAUUAUUUAUUUCGUUAUUAGUUAGAGCUUCCUAUGGUGAAACACAAAUGCUAAAUAUGAAGACCAUAAGAAUAUACUAUCUAUCUUAUUAUUUAAUGAUUAUAUCCAUUUUGUUGGGUGGCAAAAAAGUUAUUAUUUAA